AUGGAUAAAUCAUGGAUUUUCUCUGAUAGAUUAUCAAAUGCAUAUGAAGAAAGCGUGGAAGCCUUUUUAGAGUUUGCCCAAUCUAAUAAUCCAAAAUCGGAUGUUAUUCUGUGUCCCUGUGUAGAUUGUACCAAUUUUCGCUAUCACUCAAUUGACGAUGUGCGUUAUCAUCUGGUUGCCCGCGGUUUCCAUAAAAAUUAUAAGGUUUGGUCUUUCCAUGGAGAAACACUUCCCAACCUUGAUUCUAGUAUCCCUAAUAAAUCUAGACAUCCCGACUUCGAUUAUACAACGGAAAUGCUACAUGAUGCCUUCACAUAUGUAGAGAAUGAACCUGAUUCAUUGAAAUUACUUCUUGAAGAAUGUGAUAAGCCACUUUACGAAGGGUCAAAGUAUAAUGCACUUAGUGGAUUAUUGAAAUUCCAACAUUUGAAAGGUCAAUUUGGCUGGUCUGAUGCUAGCUUUAAUGCUUUGUUGGGUGUCUUAAAAGAUAUCUUACCAUCAAACAAUACAAUUCCUGACUCUUUAUAUGAGGCUAAGAAGUUGCUAAAAGGAGUAGGUCUAAAAUACGAAAAAAUUCAUGCAUGUGAAAAUGAUUGUGUUCUAUUCUGGAAAGAACAUAAGGAUGCUUCUCAGUGUCCAACUUGUGGCACAUCUCGUUGGAAGAAGAAUACAAAAAAUGUGCCUUCAAAAGUUUUGUGGUAUUUUCCUCCAAUCCCUAGAUUUAAAAGAAUGUUUUCGUCCCCAGAAAUUGCACAUGAUUUAACGUGGCAUGCAAAAGGUAGGGUUAAUGAUGGUAAGCUAACUCAUCCUCGUGAUUCCCCCUCUUGGAAGCUUGUUGACAACACAUGGAAAGAAUUCGGAGGAGAGGACCGGAAUCUUAGAUUAGCUUUAUCCGCUGAUGGGCCAAAACAACCUGGUAACAAUAUUGAUGUCUACUUGGCACCAUUGAUAGACGAUCUAAAACUCUUAUGGGAAACUGGCGUUGAGACAUUUGAUGCACAUAAGAAAGAAUACUUCAAUCUAAGAGCAGUCUUACUUUGGACUAUAAAUGACUUUCCCGCAUAUGGUAAUCUUUCGGGGUGUGUUACGAAAGGUUAUUAUGCUUGUCCAAUAUGUUCAGAGAAUACUUGCUCACAAUGGUUGCCAAAGUCCAAAAAAGUAUGCUAUCUCGAGCAUAGAAGAUUUCUCCCACGUGGACAUCCUUUUCGUAAAAGAAAAAAAGAUUUCAACAAACUACAAGAGAAUGAUGUUAUAAAAAACCCAUUAUCAGGUGAAGAAAUUUACGACUAUCUGGCGGGGUUUGAGAAUAGAUGGGGUAAGAAGAAAAAGUCAAAGAAGAAAAAGUCAAAGAAGAAAAAGUCAAAGAAGAAAACGUCAAAGGAGGAAAAAGAAAGUAUUGAUGAGAGAACUAAAUUUUGGCAUAAAAAAUCAAUAUUCUAUGAACUUGAGUAUUGGAAGAAGUUGCUUGUUCGUCAUCAGUUAGAUGUUAUGCACAUAGAAAAAAAUGUGUGUGAGAGUAUUUAUGGGACACUAUUGAAUUUGCCUCACAAAACGAAGGAUGGGUUAAACGCACGACAAGAUCUUGAGGAGUUGGGCAUUAAGCCUGAAUUACAACCUCAACCAAAAGGGAAUCGACUUUUGCUUCCACCUGCAUGCUAUACAUUGAAUACCUCGGAGAAACACCAAUUUUAUGAUACCUUGUCUAACAUAAAAGUGCCUGAUGGGUAUUGCUCUAAUUUCAAGAAUCUCGUGUCCGAUGAUGUUUCAAAGAUGAAUGGUUUAAAGUCUAAUGAUUGUCAUGUACUAAUGCAACAACUUCUUCCCUUUGCAAUCAAGGGGCUGUUACACGAGAAAUACGCUAGGAAAAUUGCAAAGUGA